AUGGCUUCCCGGGCCCUUAUCCCCUUUCUUGUCGGCAUGAUGCUGUUGACAGGCGUCUGCAAUACCCUUCUCACAAAGUAUCAGGACAUGCAAUGCGUCCGCAACUGCGAUGCGAAGGACCUCACGAAACGGGCAUACUUUAACCAACCUGUACUCCAGACCGCACAGAUGUUUGUGGGAGAGAUGGGUUGUUGGCUGGUUAUUGGUUUGAUGAACCUGUAUCGUCGCUACGGACCUGGAGCAAACCCCACGUCUAACGGCUACGAGGCCGUUAACACGAAUGAUGCCGAUAAUGCAGAUGCUCCUCUUGUCGGCAACGUGGAUGGGCGCCCGAAGCCUCAAGAAGAGGAAAGCGGUGCUAUCCUACGCGGGCCUCGUAUUUUGCUACUGGCGCUCCCAGCCAUCUGCGAUAUCCUCGGUACAACGCUGAUGAACAUUGGUCUUUUGUUGGUUGCGGCCUCCAUCUACCAAAUGACUCGCGGCGCCCUCGUUCUCUUCGUCGGAGUGUUCAGCGUCAUUUUCCUCAAGCGCAGACUCUUUUUGUUCCAAUGGCUGUCCCUCGUCGGCGUUGUCACGGGCGUCGCAAUUGUUGGGUUGGCUGGUGCCAUCUACCACGAGAGCACGAAUGAGGCUGACGUCGAAGAAGGCUCCCCCGAGUCUAAUGCCUUAUUGACUGUUGUGGGUGUUCUUCUCAUUGCCGGCGCUCAGAUCUUCACUGCGACACAGUUUGUUUUGGAAGAAUGGAUUCUGGAAAGGUCAUCCAUCGAACCUAUCCGUGUUGUUGGGUUCGAAGGUCUUUUCGGCUUUACUGUCACCGUCAUUGGCAUGAUUGUCUUGCACCUAGCUAUCGGGAAAACUGAUGCUGGGCGCUACGGAUACUUUGACAUGGCCGAGGGCUGGAGGCAACUCACGCAGAACAGAGCCAUCGGGAUUUCCAGCAUCUUGAUCAUGAUUAGUAUCGGUGGUUUCAACUUCUUUGGUCUCUCCGUCACCAGAAGCGUCAGCGCUACCUCGAGAUCUACGAUUGACACGUGCAGAACUCUCUUCAUCUGGAUCGUCUCCCUCGGGCUCCAUUGGGAGACCUUCAAGUGGCUGCAAGUCGUUGGAUUUGGCCUGCUUGUCUACUUUACCUUCCUCUUCAACGGAAUUGUGCAACCCCCUUUCCGAUUUCUUGUCCCUGACGAAGAGGUGGAGGAACUACUUCCGGAGGAGCCCAUCGAACACCAGUGA